ACCGCCGUAGCCCCUCAGCUUCCCCAGUCUCUAUCUCUCUCAUGCACGAUGAGAGAGAACGGAGAAUGAGAACCACCACCUCAUCCACCUUCCUCCACCCUAAUAUCAUAAAAAACAGCAAAAACCACCAGAAUGCGAAAAGGGAAACAAAAGUUUCUUAAAACGGUCCGGUGCUUACAAUUAAUCACCACCCUCUUCAUCUACCAUGUUUUUGCUGAUGAUGCUGCCAUCAUGGCAGAACUGGCCAAAGGUUUCUCCAAUGCCCCGCCGGGGUGGAGUGGCAACACCCCAUGUAAAUGGACAGGCGUCCAGUGUGACUCAUCAGGCAGAGUCAUCUCCAUUAUUCUCAUCUCCAAAUCUCUCUCAGGCAAAUUACCAUCAGGUUUGAAUAAACUCUCCAGCCUACAAUCCCUCAAUUUUCAAAGGAACCAGCUUUGGGGGCCGCUACCUUCCUUGUCAAACCUCACGUCCCUCAGAGAAGUCUACCUUGACGGCAAUAAUUUUACUUCUGUUCCUCCUGAUUUCCUCAUGGGCCUGACAAGUUUGCAGACAUUCAGCAUUGGCGAGAACCUGAAUCUCCCUCCCUGGACAAUCCCGAAUACCCUGGCCGAUUCGACCGCCCUCGUAAGCUUCAUUGCUAACAAGGCUAACAUCGCUGGGGAAAUCCCAGACAUUUUUGGGUCGUUCCCAAGUUUACAAAGUCUUCGGCUUUCUUACAACAACAUCACAGGGGGUCUGCCACCUUCUUUUGCUGAGUCAGGGAUUCAGAACUUGUGGCUGAACAAUCAGAUUGCCGGUUUGUCGGGCGGAAUUGACGUUCUCGGAGCAAUGUCGCAAGUAACUCAGGUUUGGCUACAUGUUAAUAAAUUUUCAGGGCCAAUUCCCGAUCUUUCUGGAUGCAAAUCCCUUUUUGACCUUCAGCUUCGUGAUAAUCAGCUAACCGGUGUGAUUCCUCCUUCUCUGUCAUCGCUUCCUGAGCUGCAAAAUGUAACUUUGGAGAAUAAUUUAUUCCAGGGUCCAGUACCCAAGUUUCCUGCAGGUGUUCAGGUCACCGAUGGAUCUAGUGACGGUAAAAAUAGUUUCUGCAAUACCAGUCCAGGCCCUUGUGCUCUGCAGGUGACAAUAUUGCUUCAGGUUGCUGGUGCCUUGAAUUAUCCAUCAGCAUUAGCCGAGUCUUGGAAAGGGAAUAAUCCUUGUCAGAAUUGGCGCUUUAUUGUCUGUGAUUCAGGAAGUGUAAGUGUGAUUAAUUUUGGAAACCAGAAUUUUCCUGGCCUCAUAUCACCUGCAAUUGCAAACCUUACCUCAUUAAGGACCCUGGACAUGCAUGCCAAUAAACUUACUGGUUCUAUACCAGCUACCCUGACCAGUUUGACAAAGUUGAAGGUUCUUGAUGUUUCCAACAAUAAUCUCUCUGGAAAAAUACCAGAAUUUGCCCCAGGUGUGUCGGUGAAAACUUCUGGUAAUCCCUUUAUUGGAAUAGAGUUGCCCCCUAGCUUCCCUCCAGGAAAUGCAUCAUCUGGUCCAAUUGACAAAGCGAAGGCUUCUGUCUCACCGUGGAUUAUUGUUGUUAUUAUUGUUGUUGCUGUUGUCAUGGUUGUUGUUUUGGGUUUCAUAGUUUAUAGACGUUAUUAUGUAAAGAAGCAAAGUCGUGAAUACAAGUCAGCUAAGGGCAGUAAAAAUGGGAAAACCUCGCUUGAGGGUGAUUCUGAUGCAAUAUCAAGCGAUUUACCCAGCCAAAUGGGUACUGAAAACUAUGAUUUCCAUUUUAGUGAUGGUAUCAGUGUCGCCAUACCAAUAGAAGUACUCCAAGAAGCAACAAACCAUUUCAGUGAAGAAAACAUAUUGGGUGAAGGUGGAUUUGGCAUUGUUUAUAAAGGACAACUUCAUGAUGGGACACAGAUAGCCGUGAAGAGGAUGGAAUCUUCUUUUAUGAACAAGAAGGGUCUAGGUGAGUUUAGAGCUGAAAUUGAGGUCCUGUCAAAGGUUAGGCAUAAGAACUUGGUUGCUCUUCAUGGUUUUUGUGUCAACGGAAAUGAGAGACUUCUGGUUUACGAGUAUAUGCCUCAAGGGACACUGGGGCAGCAUUUAAUUAGUUGGCAAGAAAGGGGCACCCUUCCACUCACUUGGAAACAAAGACUCUCCAUAGCAUUAGACGUUGCCAGAGGCGUUGAAUAUCUGCAUGGAUUGGCAAACCAGAGUUUCAUCCACAGGGAUCUCAAACCCUCUAACAUCCUUCUCGGAGAUGAUAUGAGGGCUAAGGUUUCAGAUUUUGGUUUGGUUAAGAUUGCCCCUGAUGGGAAGCACUCAGUUGAGACGCGACUAGCUGGAACUUUUGGGUAUUUGGCACCAGAAUAUGCUGCCACUGGCAGAGUGACCACGAAAGUUGAUGUCUAUGCAUUUGGAGUAAUCUUGAUGGAGUUAAUCACCGGACAGAAGGCCUUGGAUGAUGCACAACCAGAAGAGAAAGCUCACUUGGUCACUUGGUUCCGAAGGGUGACUUUUAACAAGGACGAGAUCAGAAGCUCGUUAGAUCCUUCCUUAAGACCAGAUGAAGAAACCUUCAAAAGCAUUUGGAAAGUGGCAGAAUUAGCAGCCCACUGCACAGCUCGCGACCCAUAUCAGAGACCUAUCAUGGGGCAUGCAGUUAAUGUCUUGUCUCCCCUUGUAGAGCAGUGGAUGCCUGGUUCCGAUGAUGAAGAAGAAGAUAGUUUUGGCAUUGAUCUCAAUAUGAGCCUGCCGCAAGCCUUGCAGAGGUGGAAAGCUAACGAAGAGACGUCCACAAACAGCGACUUAUUUACAGAUACCAGCCCGGAGUUUACUAGCACGCCUCAGCUGCCUUCACGAUACACAAGCUCGUUUAGCUAAAUGAUGGCCGGAGAUACGUACCAAUGAUAAGAUAGAUACGUACAUGCAGCUGCAGUUCAAUCUCCGGCUCAUCAUCCUGCGAAGACGUGAAACCAGCAAAUCAUCAUAUCAUUUUGUUUUGUUUAACCCACCCGUGCAGACCUCUUGUCAGCAACUCAUCCUCGUAUUUAUCAUUGAUUUAACCUAGUAUAGAUUACCUUUACUCUUUUUCUUUUUCUUUUUUUUUUUUCUAAAGCAGUCCUUUUUAAUUACCCUGAGAAUUUGUUCUUAAAAAUUUUAGAUGAGGUAAAUUAUUUAUUUGCUAACUUCGAUCCUUAGAUGUUAAUACAGCAGCAACAUUUUGAUUAUUCUGUCGUGCCCGGGCACUGCUCCAAGUGGUAGAGUCGUGGGAUUGCCAAUUUUUUACUGCUUAUGCACAAUGGCAGUCAAUUUUACCAAUAUUAUUUGCGGAGUAAUUCUAGAAAGUGCUCAACUCUUUGAUGAAUUUACUAGCUUCUUUAUUCGAGCAAUCACAAUUGGACUAAGCAGUUUCAGAGAAGCAGCAAAAUCAUAUCUAUCUCUCUCUGGCUACAUUGAUAACAAAUGUCUUCCCACCCCUGUUCCUUCAAAAGAUAGAAGAACGAACUCAAAUGACAGAAACCCACCAAUUUGCCUAAAGCAUAGCGUUUCAAUAAAUUGCAUUACCCAACUAAUCAAGAAAGAUAGCACCCCUAACCUCAUUUGGG